CGUCUUGGCAAAUGCUUCCACGCUGGAGCUCUCUCUACCUUAGCCGGCAUUUGCCCAGUCGUGGCCGGCUUGGCCAUGAUGCAAGUUGGGUCAAAGACGAGUGGGUAUUCAAGAGCAUUCGGACGUAUCGAAAGUAUUCAUUAUACACUUCAAGAUGAUUAUAACAGCGAAGGCAGCAAGAUACACUGAAACAAGAGCCGCGAUGCAUUGACGGCGGCCUCCAAUGACGCACUGUUAGUAACUGGAGCUGGACCCCUCCUCCCCAAUGUGAGGUUGCCCUGAACUAUGUCGAAAAAGUCACCAUGGAUUGGAUGUCACCCAGCUCCCUAGGAAGAGCUCCCUGAUACUCACUGAUAGGGUGGUAAAAACCAGGGCAGCCAAAAAUUGCCAUGACCUUCCGUGGCUCAACAACUUGAUUCUCUUUCCUCUACACAUCAAAUCGUCCGACACGACCAGAAACGUGUACAUUGGCCAAGCUCCAGGUGCUUACUAGUCUCGUUGCUCAUCAACGGCCUUGGAAUUGUUUGUUGUUCGUUUGCGUGUUUGAGGAUUUUUGAAGCAACUGUUCGCUUUGUUUGUUAUCUUCACGACAUUUUCAACCCCCGCUACGGCGUCUCUAGAGACCAACCCCUCCUCCCGACUAACAAACUGCAUUGAGAAGAAGCCGGGAGCUCCCAACUGCGACCUUCUGAUCAUUAUCCCUCCAAGAUGGCUUUCUUCAAUCCAUCUCAUCUGAUCAUUAGUCUCAUCUUUCUCUUUUUCUUCGCACGACCUGCCCUAGCCUUCGGUGCUGGUAACAUUGCCAGUAUCUCCUCAGUCGAAGGCCAAAACUGGCGUCACGGUGAUAUCGAGGAUGCACUUCUCAAGAUCGCUCUGGCCCGCGUAGCUGGUGGCAAGAACUUCGGGAAACUCGAUGUCCUUCGUGUCUAUUUCGGGAACUGGCUUCGUGAUUACAGCCAGGCCAUCGAUGUUGGAACCGUCAAGAAUGUUUCUGCCGAGGCCGUGAGGCUUCUUUUGUGCAUCUUGGGUUUCCUCACUUUUGGCUACGGCUCCCGCGAGUUCGAGGUCACCGCCGACCGCUUGGGUUGCUACCGACCUGAGGAUCAUAUUGAUAACCCAAAGAACUAUGCCGACAAUGCUGAUGCUCGCCAGUACGAUGAGAGACUGCGAGGCCCUGUAGACGAGGGCACUGAGCUUGCGGUUGAUGAAGAGACCGGUCUCAAGAACUACAUUGCCAACGAGAACGCUGGCAUCAUGACCAGCGCGCAACACGUCAGGAACCUCUUCACCCGUUGCAUUGAGCUCGGACGGUCUUAUGGAAGAAACCGAAACAAGAGCGACUUUUACGAAGCCCUCAGGCUGUUGGGUACUGGUCUUCAUUGCUUGGAAGACUACUUCGCGCAUAGCAACUACACGGAGCUUGCUCUGAUCGAGAUGGGAGAGCGUGAUGUAUUUCCUCAUGUUGGCCGCGAUACCAUGAUGCGGAUCCCAGGUGCACGCCAUGAAGUCUACCCUGUUGUCACUGGAACUUUCGGUGGCGUAGACUUUCUUCACUCCGUGACUGGAGAAGUAUCGGACAAGUUGACCCAAAACGAACUCCAGCAGCUGGAGAACACGCUGGAGAACGAGAAGAGGAACGAUACUAGCAAGCUUCGAGACCUCUUGGACAAGAUCCCAGAUGGCCUGAUUGGCGGCGACAAGAAGUCGAAGCUGAACGAAAUUGAAGAAAACAACAAUGCAGCGCAGAUGGAUCAGAUAUCCGUCUCGCCUAGGGAGCCGGAGGAGUUCACCCGCCAGAUUCAGCAAGUUUUUGGACAGAUAAUGCCUGUCAUUGAAUUCCACGAUGAACUACUGAAGACCAUCUCAGAAAAACUCGAAAACAUUCCCAUACUGCCUCAAGUGUUGGAGCAGCUAGAGGAGCAGUUGUCGAUGUUUGUUUUCACUCAGAUUGCGCCGUUCAUUCUGCCCGUCAUUCGCCAGAUCAAGAAUGAGCUCAUGACGGGCUCGUCAGAGAUCAUCGAGAGCAGCAAAAAUGAGCAGCACAUCGUAUUCGAGGACGAUCGCUGCACCGAUCCCACGCACUCAAUGCUGUCCAAGGACCACUUCACCAACAUUCUGAAUGAGAUCGCAGGCCAAACUGCCAGCAAAGUCGUUGGUUGGGUUGUUCCGCAGCUGAUGGAGGCGUGGGACGAUGAUAAUAUGGACAUUGACCGUCUUCUCAAUCGGAUCAUCUACGGUGUUCUGCACCACCCGGCCCAACGUGAUAUGGGUGAAGAUGGUGCCCAGGAAGGCCGUCGACUGAUUUUCCGGUCAAUCGAAGAGUGGUGGAACCACAUGAGCGAGGAUGCCAAGGAUGACUACCGUCAAAAGCUGUCACGCGACGGUGUUGAGAAUGGCCAGAACCACAAGGAAGGAAAUGAUACUGGCCACGGCUGCUGCAAGCCUUUGGGAAUGCACAAGAACUUCAAGGAAGGUGGCACCAUGGAGGACCGCAUUGCUGGCGCUGCUGCCGGCGCCAUCCUCGGUGGUUUGACCAGUGGUAUUUCUGGCAUAGUCUCGCAAGCUUCAGGUGGUCAGGUCAACCUCCCACAGUACGAGAACAAGUCGAGCUUCUCUGAUGCGUUUGGCGGUGGCGGUCGUGAGGAGUCUGGCAGCAGCGGCGGGUUCCGGGGCAUGAUUGGCGAUAUCCUCGGCAGUGCUUUCAAGAAUGAGAACACGGAGUCCUUCUCGAGCCGGAGUGAGGAUCACGAUGGAGGCCAUAGCCAAUCGUACUCCCAGUACGGACGUUCCGACUCGGGUGAUAGGUACGGUAAAGCGGAAUACAGGCAGACGGAGUACGACGAUGGCAGCAGGCGCAGCGAGUACAGCAGGUACGAGCAGGACGAAGACGGCGGUUCGUCCAGAUAUGAGCGAAGAACCGAGACGCACUAUGAGAGUAGCCAGCAGAGCUGGAGGCAGGAGGAUGAUGAUCGACGGGGUGGAUGGUAAUUCUGGCUGAUGAGAGCCAGAAGGUAUGGUUUGAGAGCAUUGAGAAAGUGGGCGUUGAGGUUAAUCUGUUAGCAGCCGUAUCAGAUUCUGUUAGGUAUUUCUGCUUGUGGUAUCCUCUCAGCAUUAGACUUGAGAGAAAUAUAGUUCUGACUGCCUGAACUUGAGAUUUGCAAUCCGAAAAAGAAGUACCAGUUAUAAUAUCUGAAAUGAUCCAAGUUCGGCAGUAAACCGGCAGCAAGCCGGUCAUGUUGACAUGAAACAAUGUUAAUAACUGCGCUCCAUGAUA